CAACAAAUCUGUAUCCUGUCUGCGUUUGAAACCACGAAUACAGGAAAAGAAGUUUAAAAACACAACGAAACAAUGACACUUGUUGAAUUCACGUUGUUGCAGAAGGUUAUUUUGUCCGGUUAUGCGUUUCGAUGUUAUUUUUAACCACUUUAUUGUCACGAAGGUUUGCCACACGAAUUGCAACACCAAAACUGUUUGAAAACCACCAAUGCUGCAUAUCUAGAAAAUCCUUUAUAUCCCAUUUACAAAAACACUGGAAAGGAGAAUUAAAAAUAAUGAAGCUCCAAAGUCCAGUGUUAGAUAACCUUAUGACGCCAGAAAUGAAGAAAUUGAGUGAUCUGUUCAAGAAAUAUAAUUUUGAGUUGCGAAUAGCAGGAGGGGCUGUUCGAGAUGUCCUGUUGGACAAAGUGCCUCACGAUAUUGACUUUGCCACAACUGCCACCCCUACACAAAUGAAAGAAAUAUUUACAAAAGAGGGCAUCCGAAUGGUUAACAUGAAUGGAGAAAAACAUGGCACUAUUACGGCAAGGAUAGAUGAUAAGGAGAAUUUUGAAGUGACAACAUUGAGAAUUGAUGUAGUGACGGACGGCCGAAGGGCAGAGGUUGCUUUCACCACUGACUGGCAGAUUGAUGCCAACAGAAGAGAUCUUACAAUUAAUGCCAUGUUUCUAGAUUUUCAGUGGAAUUUGUAUGACUACUUCAAUGGUAGGGAGGAUCUGGCCAAUCGGAGGAUCAGGUUUGUGGGGGACGCCACCGAGAGGAUACAGGAGGAUUACUUGAGAAUUAUGAGAUACUUCAGAUUUUUUGGAAGAAUAGCUGAUUCAAACACUGUUCAUGAAGAGGUAACUUUGGAGGCCAUUAAGCAGAAUGUACAUGGAUUAAAAACUAUUUCUGGUGAACGCCUUUGGAUGGAGUUCUCUAAGAUUCUGACGGGGAAUUAUGCGGCCAGUCUGAUGAGGACAAUGGUAUCCUGUGGGGUUCAUACUUACUUAGGUUUACCUGAGAGUUGUAACCUGGAAGAGUUUGAGAGGGUGUGUGGGGUGACAGAGGAGAAAGGCUGCCACGUCAUGACCAGACUUGUAGCUCUACUGUCCACAGACGAUGAGCUGUAUGAUUUGGACAAAAGAAUCAAGUUUUCCAAUGAGGAGUUUGCUGCUGGAAUUUUCAUAAUUCACAACAGAGACACGCCAAUGGGGGAAGAUAAAAUGAAAUUCUGUCAAUACCUGCUAGUCGAUUCUACAGGUAAACAAAAAGUUACAUUUGACCACAUCUGUGAACUUUUGAAAUAUAAAAACGAAACGGAUUUACUGGAAGAAUUCCGCCAGUGGACACCACCAGUUUUACCCGUUAGUGGAAAUGACUUGGUAUCGGCUAAUAUUCCGAAGGGACCAUUAUUUAAACGGACAUUAGAUGAAGUGAGACAGGUCUGGAAGCUGAGUGACUUUAGUUUGACUAGAGAGGAACUUCUGGAGAGGGUGCCUCAGAUUCUAGAGAAUGUGAAGUCAACUCCAAGAAAACAGAGCCCCAAACCGAAACGGAAAAGAAAAGCGUGAUAAAUAAGUGGUGUAAAAUUUUCUCCAAGAGUUAUCUUUCUUUGGCCAGUUUUAAAACUGAAUGUAUGGAAGUGUGUUUCAGAACUGCUGAUAUACACGAAUAUGAACUUGUUGAUUUUUUUUU